AUGGAAGGCAGCGUGAAAAGGUAUAUACGUAGCGAAUCAGCCAGUUGUGCUCACAUGGUUGAAGAAAGCACGGCGAACAAUAGAAAGAUUACGGAUCCUCAUGAAAAGUUGAAGGCUUUGCUGAACUCGCCCGAGGAGGACACCGACGACACGCUCCCACCUUCGGACGCUCCAAAAUUUGGGACGGUCAUACACAAUAGGAUUUUCGUCGGCGGUUUCUCAUUGACAACAACCGACGAGGACCUCUGGAAGUUUUUCUCCGGUUUCGCGACUGUAACUGCGGCGAGGGUGAUCUAUGACAGAGCUGGUGUGUCCAAAUGCUAUGGGUUCGUGACAUUCGCAAGUCCAAGAGUGGCAAGAUUAAUUGUAAAGCAGAGUGGAGGUGUGAUGUUUUCCCCAUUAGGUCGUCUUCGCGUUGCUCAGGCUGUCAGGAAACAGACGAGCCAGUUACCACUCAUAAGUUCCGAGGCAGCACCGCUUCAGGCGCCUCUGUGCUAUCAAUUACUCUGUGCGCCUCCCUUGGCUCCCUUGCCAGCGUGCGCCCCGUGUGAGCUCCCGCCUCCUCCAUAUGCUUUAUAUGGCCUGCCAUUUGACACUACACCAGCUAUAUACGGACCACCCGCUCAAUAUGCGCUGGUUCCAGCACCAUAUAGUGCGGCUUGUUGUGAGCCAACUUGCUGUGCACCUCUGGACAAGCAGCCGCGCGUACCACCACCUCCACUUCAUCCCGCUUUCAUCUACUGA